ACGCGAGCGACCGGCCGACCCCGAGCCCCUGAGGCCGCGACGCAACACGCAAGACGCCGCCUCCGACUUCGAGCGCGAGCACUGCCGCCCAGAGCGCCGAGGCCGAGCCGCCGGAGAGGCAUCCCACCGGCCGCCGCCCCGCGCCCCGCGCCCCCGCCUGGCCUUGUCGUUGGUCACCGAGCCGGGCUCUGCGCGUGGCCGAGGUGCCGACUGCCGAGCAGCCGAGCAAGCUGCACGCCGCCGGGGCUGCGCGCGUGGACGCGUGGCCGACUGCCGAGCAUCCGAGCAAGCUGCACGCCGCCGGCCGCCGGGUGUGCCAAGCUGCAGAGCACCGCGGCAGCGCCCCUGGACCGGCUUUCGUCGCGUCCUUCGUCGGCGACGAGCACCCACCACCACCAACACCAGGGUGCGCCAAGUUGCAGAGCAGUGCGCCAACGCCCCUUGACCGGUGAGUGUGCUUCUGAAGUUCUGGGAUCUCCCAAAUUUCAUACCGCUAGCGCCGACACCCUACCCAAGCUAACCAGGUCUUCAUCGGUUCCCUUCUCCAGGCCUCCAUCGCGUUUUCUGUUGGCAACGAGCACCCACCAGGUACUUUGCGCCAGGAUAGCAGUGCUAUGUCAAAAGCUCCAGAUGAUCAGUUGCAAGCAACAGAGCAGGAAGAAAGUGUCCAUCCAAGUCAACAAGCAGGGCAACAACAUGUUAAUACACCAGAUCAGAUCUCCAAAACAGAACUAACUGAAGGGUCAAAAAAUGAACAACCUGUCCAAGUAGAGCAACAGAAUUCCAACCUACAACAAGCACAUUCAGAAAUUCAACUACAACAGGCUGAAACAAAUAGCUUCCAGUUAGCUGAAAAAGAAACAGGGUAUUUUGGUCAACAGAGUUUUGCAGGUGCCAAGGUGGAUGUAGCCCAGCCUUCAGUAGUUCAGCAGAAUGUAAAGCAAACUGUUGGUCAACAAGCAUCAUCUGGUGCUCAGGAUACAAGGAAAGGACCAUCAAUACCAUUUAAUUUGUUAAUUCCAAUCCUACAGGCACAUCUUGACAGAGACAAAGAUAUGCAGCUUCAAGCUGUAUGGGCAAAACUUAGGCGUAAUGAAGUCCACAAAGAUGAUUUCUUAAGAGUUAUCAGGAAUAUUGUUGGGGAUCAAAUGCUCAAGCAGGCAGCUCAUAAAGUUUUUGUACAGAUGCAAGCACAGGCGCAAAGAAAUAGCCAGGCAAAUCCAAGUCAGCAGUCUUUAUUCUCUCAGGUUUCUUCACAGCAGAUGCCUUCCAGUGGUUCCACUCAAACGCAGAACAGUGUACACUAUCUUGCUCAUGAUAACACUAACCAAAACCCUGACGCAAAGGGAACAAAUGCUGUACCAAAUCAACCACCUAGAAUGAACACAGCAGUUCCAUUGCAAGCAAAGAACAAACAACAUCAACCAACACAGUUGCAGCAGGCCUCACAGCAAAUAUAUGGAGCAAGUAAUCCCGGUGCCCAGGCUUACCCUCGGUCAAUCACUGGUUCUCUUAGAUCACCGAGUCCUGUUCCAGAAACACAGCCAUCCAUGCAUGCUCCUGGAAUGGCUCCUGCAAAAAUCGUCCCUCCUCCUACUCAUCCAAUGAUGCAGCACAAUGCAGUUGCAUGGCAAAUGCAUCAAAACAAGGAAUUGAAAACUAAUGCCCCCCCUCCAAAUGCUAUUGUUAAGCAAAAUUCUGAAUCUGUUGGCAAAGCACGCAUGGCUGGCACAGGAAAUUCUUCAGCUAAAGGAAAACAGGGAACUCCUAACUCUACACCCAAUGCUAGUGGAGGUGCAAAGAGCAAGAAAUCAGGUGGGCAGAAGAAAUCAUUGGAAGCAGCAGGCUCUACACAACCUUCAAGCAAAAAGCAGAAGACAUCUGGAGCCUUCCAGGAACAAAGCAUUGAUCAACUUAAUGAUGUCACAGCCGUUAGUGGUGUUAAUAUCAGGGAAGAGGAAGAGCAAUUACUGUCUGCCCCUAAGGAAGAGAGCCUUGCCUCACAAGAAGCACGAAGAAUUGCACAGGAAGAAGAAGAAAAUCUUUUCCUAAGGAAGGGUCCACUCCUGAAGAAACUAGCAGAAAUCGCUCGGAAAUGCGAUCUGAAGAAUAUUAGUGGCGAUGUGGAACACUGUUUAUCAAUGUGUGUGGAGGAGCGUUUGCGAAGACUCAUAAGUACUCUCAUACGAGUCUCAAAACAGAGAAUCGAUACUGAAAAGACCGGGCAUCGACUAGUUAUUACUUCGGAUGUUGGUCGUCAAAUUUUACAGAUGAAUCAGAAAGCUAAGGAAGAAUGGGAUAAAAAACAAGCAGAAGAAGCUGACAAGAACAAGAAACAAACUGAGGCUGAUGGCAGUGGUGCUACCGAUUUGGAAAAAGAAAAAGAGGAAAGUCGCCCAAAGAAUGUCAAGCCCAACAAGGAAGAAGAUGAUAAAAUGAGAACAAAUGCUGCUAAUGUUGCUGCCCGGCAAGCUGUUGGAGGAAGUGAUAUGCUGUCAAAGUGGCAGUUGAUGGCUGAGCAAGCCAGGCAGAAGCGAGAAGGCCUUGAUGUGUCUGCUGCUUCACAGCCAGGCAGAGGACCUGGUUCCAGGCCAUUCUUGAAAUUUGGAAACGGUCCUGGCGAACACCAGGAAGGUUCAAAGAGGAGCCAUUCGGUGGCAUUCGGAACUGGAGGCAUGAAAAGACCAGGCAGGACACCUUUUGCUGGUCCACAGCGAUUGAUCUCCGUGAAGGAUGUCAUUUGUGCCCUUGAGAGGGAGCCUCAGAUGACAAAAUCACGGCUCAUCUACCGGCUGCACGAGCGGUUUCCUGUAGAUUCAACUGUAGAUUAGACCGGAAUAGUCAUAUACUCCGUACUGGUGUGGUGCAUGCCCAAUUGCCCUUGCAUGGUACUCCGUAAUUAACAGCGAAGAAGCAUACCUGUCACUCCUUCCAUUUGGUGUGGUUUGGAGUGGCACUGUAUAUUGGUUGAAAAUCUGCAUCACAAAGGCGGCGAAUUGCCAGCCAAAAGAAAAAAGUAUCUCUGUACAAAUUGCAGUGUAAGGGGGUGUUUCUGGCAUUUGUCUAUUCUGCAACCACUGUUUGUUGGUUGGCUGGUUGCCAUGCGCGUCUUUGUGCUCCCCAUUGUCCUAUGUCUGCGUGCCCUAAGCAUGGAUUCUGACAGUGGACAUGCGAUUACGCGCAGUUAGUUUAUUUUUGAGAAAAAA